UUAUUCCCUUCCGGUACGUUUACAAUUUGACAACGGUUUAUGAAGAUGGCCGACAAUCAACAAAGUAGAUUCGAAAAGUCCUUGGGGUUGUUAACAACGCGUUUUGUUUCUCUCUUGCAAAAAGCCCGAGAUGGUGUACUGGAUUUGAAAGUAGCUGCCGAUAUACUAGCUGUGAGGCAGAAGAGAAGAAUAUAUGACAUAACCAAUGUUUUGGAAGGCAUUGGUCUCAUUGAGAAGAAAAGCAAAAACAGUAUACAAUGGAAGGGUGCUGGACCAGGAUGCAACACUCAGGAGAUGGCAGAUCGUUUAGCAGUACUGAGGAAGGAGAUAUCGAGGCUGGAUGAACAUGAGCAGAAGCUAGAUAUGCACAAACAGUGGAUGCAGCAGAGUAUUUGUAACAUUACGGAUGAUGUUGAAAACUGUCACCUGGCAUAUAUAACACACGAAGACAUCUGUAGGUGUUUCAAGGAAGACACAAUGCUUGCAAUCCAAGCUCCCAGUGGAACAGAAUUGGAGGUUCCCUUGGUUGAUCAUAAUAGCAGCAACAAGAAGAAUUAUCAGAUCCAUCUCAAGUCAUCAGUUGGUCCAAUAUAUGUUCUGUUAGUUAACAAGGACAUUGAUUGCACCAGCCCUGUGGCAAUAGAAGUUCCACCCCCAAAGUCUGUUUUAGAGUCCAGUGUCAAGGAUGAAACCGAAGAAUUGGACGUAGAAUCAGAAGACACUGAAAAGGUUUCAGCUGUUGCAGCUCCCAGUCCUCCUGCAACUCGUUCCACCAGGUCACGGAACAACUCGCCACAGAAACCUGGCUCAUUGUCACCUCGAAUACCGACACGGCAGACGGCUCAAAUUGAAACCACACGCCCAAUGAGUCCUUCAAGUUCCAGCUUGAAGCGACGACGUGGUCCAGGAAGACCACCAAAACAGCCACGAAUUGAUCCCGAAGCGGAAAUAGAAUGCAACCCUGCGUUAUUGGAACCUGACAUCAUCCUCAGUGAUAUUGUGUCUGCAGGAAGCACAGAUGUUCCCAUGUCAGAGGUAGAUGGAGAACUGAUGGAAGAACUUAUUUCAGCAGAAACUGUUCCAGGUUCUACAGCCUUACACCAUUUAAUCAUCCUACCUAUAGGCAGAAUCUGUCUGGCUCAUCCUACGCCACAACCCUUUCCAUUGAUGCUGUUGAGGAUGAGAUGACUAACUUGUACUUGUAAUCUGGAAUCUGAACCUUCACUAGCCUCUUGUGAUACCAAAUGGAUGGACCCCCCUUUUUUCCAGUGCUACAUGUGCCGUAUUUGUCAGGUGUUGGUGAGUACCGUGAAACAGUAGUAUCCUUUGAGUGUAUUUCUGUAUAAUUAUUCUUUGGAUAUCAAAGUGGAAAGAUAUGCAAAUUGGAUAUUGAAAGAAGUGGUAGUCACCAGAGAAGCACUCCACCUGACCUCUCACCUCGGUCAACGCUGAGAUCUGGGAUGUGUGGAGCUUUACCUCCGUACCUGCAUGGUGUAGUGUUUAGACAGAGAGCAACUCUACUUCCACUUGUGUCUCCCAAUUUAAGGAAAUUUAUUUCAGUUUGUGUAACAUAAAAACAUGAAUUAGUCAUGAUUGUCACCAAAAUAUAAGAUAAGUAAUUGCAAUAUGUUAUCUCAGGCUUUUCACUGCCAGGGACAUUUGUACUGAGCAGUUUCUUAGUUGCCAGUGAAGAGGUAAAAUAAUAUGGCUAGAAUUGCCUGAUGAAGGCUAAUGAGUUGUUGGGUAAUUGGCCUUGCCGUAUGCUUCAGCUUUUAGCUAAGGUGUAAGGGGGUUGUGUGUUAUUUUCACAGAGUGUUAUAAAAUAAACACACAAGAUUGUCUAACCAUCUGCAUAUUUCAUCUUUGAAACCUGAACUGGUUACAUAAUUUUAUAUUUGGGGUCUAUACUAAAAGUUGCCAUGCAAAUGCAAAUUUUGUUUAUAUUGGUCCAGUAUAAAGUCCUGCUUAACAUGAAGCCAUGUUGAACUUUAGGUUUUGUAAAUAAUGGCUUAUCAUACAACAAAUUGGUACC